CGCGGUACACUUUCCAAUCAAUCCGUUGGUAAGCCAGAUUCAAUGUCGCGCGCCGCGCCUUUUCCUUUCAUCCAUGAGCAUCACUUUCCUUUGUCAACGUGAAAGAAAAAGAGGAGGAGAAGAGGAAGAGAGUCUGCCUCUCCGGAAGUCCGCCACAAUAAGAACACGAUCACGAACUCGCCCUGGCAGACCCCAGCAAUAGCAGCGGCGAUUAUUUGCCGGAGAAGAAACGAUGCGCAUUUCAGGCACGAUAUGCACCGCCGUUACUCUGUCGCUGCUGAGAGGCGCGCAGUGUGAAGUGAAUGCUGCCCCGCCUGCCGCCAGUGCGGGUCCCCAUGUCUGCGCACUCGAACCCAAGGCCAAGGUUUCCGAUGCCUGUGCCUCCUACUACGACCUCGACACCCUUAACAACAAACUCCAUCCAUACGUGCGGAACCUGGCAAAUAACACCGACUUCUUCUCAUAUUACCGCCUGAACCUGUACAACAAAGUGUGCCCCUUCUGGAGCGAUGACAACGGCUUGUGUGGGAAUAGGGCGUGCGCGGUCAUUACACUCGACAACGAGGAAGAUGUGCCAGAGAUAUGGAGAGCCGCCGAGCUCAGCAAAUUGGAAGGACCUAAAGCACCGCACCCGGGAAAGAAGCAGCAAAAAGAAAGGCCAAAUCCCCUUAUGGGCCAGCUGGGGGAGAGCGUGGGAGAGAGCUGUGUGGUGGAGUAUGAUGAUGAGUGUGACGAAAGAGACUACUGCGUGCCAGAGGACGAGAGUGCUACCGCAAAGGGAGACUAUGUGAGCUUAGUCGACAAUCCGGAGCGAUUUACAGGAUACAGCGGAGAAGGUGCACACCAGGUUUGGGAGUCGAUCUACCGGGAAAACUGCUUCUCGAAGCCUCCGAAGAUCGAUACUGCCAUGACACAGUCCUCAAACUCGGUACCGGGCUUCUCUUCUCUAGACCAAGCACAAGCUGCACUGCAGCUCAAGGAGGUCAUCAAGGCGGGACGCUCGGGAGAUACGUAUGGAGAAUUCGAAGACGAAUGCAUCGAGAAGCGGGUCUUCUACCGAGUCAUCUCGGGCAUGCACGCCUCCAUCUCGACCCAUCUCUGCUAUGACUACCUCAAUCAACUGACUGGAGAGUGGGGUCCCAACCUCACCUGCUACAAAGAAAGGCUACACAACCGCCCAGAACGUAUCUCCAACAUCUACUUCAACUUCGCUCUCAUGUCACGAGCAGUGGGUAAGCUCCGCGAUUACGUCCAAGACUACGUCUUCUGCACCGGCGACCCCUCCCAAGACACCAAAACCAAGAAAAUGAUCACCACCUUGGCAAACGCAAUUCCUCCAGGCCCCCAAAUCUUCGACGAAAGCGUCAUGUUUCAAGACCAGAGCCUCGACGGCCUCAGCUUGAAGGAAGACUUCCGAAAUCGUUUCAGAAACGUUAGCAGAGUGAUGGACUGUGUUGGAUGCGACAAAUGUCGUCUCUGGGGCAAAAUUCAGACCAACGGUUUCGGCACUGCUCUCAAGGUCCUCUUCGAAUUCGGCCACGAAGCGGAAGGUGAAGCAAAGCCUCUACUACGCCGGACCGAACUGGUGGCUUUGAUAAAUACACUGGAUAAGAUCAGUACAGCGUUGAAGCAUCUCGAUCACUUCAAAGCCAUGGUCGAGGCUGAGAACCGGGGAGCUUCGGCAUUGGAAGUGGAGAAUACACCCAUCCCUACUGCCAUCUCAGCAUCUUCAUCAUCUUCGUCUUCAUCUGCGAAUUUUGACGAUCUUGAGUCUUUGGAGGAAUUCUCAUCCGAUACGGAAACACCUCCUGGAAAAGCAGAACCCACCAUAUCCGAAAUCUUCUGGGAAGAAUGGGACAAUGUAUGGACUGCUUAUAAAUUCGUCCUCUGGAGUUGGUCACAAAUCCCCAUGAUGCUGCCCACGAUCGUGUGGAGUGAAGUCGGUCGUCUGGCGGAUCUCUGGUUAGGGAGACCGAUUCGAGACAGGGUGUGGGAGAUUAAAGCUCCUACGCUGGAGAAUGUUCGGGCGUGGAAGGGUGUAAGGGAUGAGUUAUAACGUUAUAGAUCAAUGCUGUAUAUAUAUAAAUGA